AUGAGUGGGUGGUGCGUGGCAUUCAACUUUGCUUCUUUGAAUAUUCCAUGGCGGAUUUUUCUCGGCGACACGUCGAGCAAAAGUGAAUCUGACGGAGGCUUGCCCAAAUCGAAGUCGUUCAACAACUUGUUGGAGGUGAAUCUGACGGAGGUGGUGAGCAGCGCCAGGGAUCUAGAAAAGCUGGAGCAUCCGUUCAACAAGAAGCGGCGGAUCCUCCGCUGGUCCAAGAACUUCUCUCUCCUGUCCGCUAAGUCGAUGCCCCUCUUCCCCCUCAGCGAAGAGGACGACGACGCGCCCGAUCAUUGCGAAGGGGACGACGGCGGUAGCGACGGAGACGGCGAGAAAGGCAAGGCCAUCGCGGGCCGCCAUGGGAGGAAGCGCAGUCUGUUCAAGUCCUCGAACUGCUUCGCACUGUCAGAUCUACAAGAAGAGGACGAGGAAGACGACAAGGAGAAGGAAGAAGAUGGAGGAAAUCAAGCACUGGUGCUUGGCUUCUCUGACCCUAAGGUGAGGUUUCUAGAUUUUUUUUUCGUCAGAAGGUUUCUGGAUUUCGUUUUGCUGAUAAUGGUUGGAGGUGCGAUUUUGUGUCGUUUGAUUGCCUAGGGCUAGCGAGGCCUC